AAAUAUAUAAGCCUCUUAAUGUUGCUAUAUGCUGGGAACGCUUCGCUAUCUAGUUUUAAAUACUCCCUCUUUAUAGACACAGUAAAAAAGUUAAAACAAUGAAGCCAAUCAGCAGGUAACGCUUUAUUAUCAAUACAAAGUGGAACCUCAGAGACUAUACGCGACAAUACUGAACAUAUCUUAAAUAUAUCUAUCCAUGUACCUACUCAUUUAAGACCAUUAAAUGAUGAACAAUUUGGGCAUUAUUUAGCAGGUUUAAUAGAUGGAGAUGGUCAUUUUAGUUCUCAACAACAAUUAAUUAUCGUGUUUACUCAUCUUGAUGCUUCAUUGGCCUAUUAUAUUAAAAGUAAAAUAGGUUAUGGUAACAUAAGAAAAGUGAAAGAUAAAAAUGUAUUUUUAUAUAUUAUUUCUAAUAAAGAUGGUUUAUUAAAAACCAUUCAUUUAAUUAAUAAUAAAUUAAGAACUAUUAAUAAAUAUAAUCAAGUAAUUAAUAUAUUAAAUAAUCCUAGAUAUUCAGAUAAUAAAAUUAAGUUUGAUCUGAAUAAAACUAAUGAUUUUAAUAAUCAUUGAUUAGCUGGAUUUUCUGAUGCAGAUGCUAGUUUUCAAGUUAAAAUUAUUAAUAGGAUUACUAGAUCUAAGCCUGAAAUAAGAUUAAAUUUUCAAAUAGAUCAAAAAGAUAAUAAUUUAUUAUUAAUAGUAAAAAAUUUAUUAGGAGGAAAUAUAGGAUAUAGAAAAAGUCAAGAUACUUAUUACUAUGGGUCUACUAGUUUUGGUUCAGCAAGAAAAGUAAUUAAAUAUUUUGAUAAUUAUCAUUUACAAUCUAGUAAGUAUUCUAAUUACCUUAAAUGAAGAAAGAUAUAUAUAAUGAUACAAAACAAAGAACAUUUGGCAGAAAUAGGUAUAAAUAAAAUAAGUAGAUUAAAAGAAUCUAUGAAUGAUGGUUCAGUAUAA